ACGUCUCGUCACGUUGGGGCAGGACAUCGUCAGUCUUUAUAGUCUCAUGAUGAGACUCCAUUCAGUCAGUCAGUGAACAUCCCAGCAGCUGCAGACCUGAGACAACCCGGCGACCCACAUGUCUGAGCACCCAACACAGGCAGGAUGAGUCAGAAGACAAAGAAAAAAGCUCGAACGUCGUUCGGGGCAACAGCUCCACCCUUCAUUGACUACCUGAAAGAUAUUCUACGUCGAUACCCAGACGGUGGACAGAUUCUGAAGGAGCUGAUUCAAAAUGCAGAUGAUGGUCAAGCCACAGAAGUGGUUUUCAUCCACGAUGAAAGAAGCUAUGGGACUAAGAGCCUGUGGACUGAUGAACUGGAAAAAUACCAAGGUCCCGCUCUCUAUGCAUACAACAAUGCUGCAUUCACUGAUGAUGACUGGGAAGCUAUUCAGAGGGCAGGAAGGAGUGACAAGCGCAAUGACCCAAACAAAGUCGGGAGGUUUGGAAUCGGCUUCAACUCUGUCUACCACAUAACAGAUGUGCCGAGUAUAUUCAGCUCAGCACACCUUGGCUUGUUGGACCCCCAAGAAAAGAUAUUUGGAGACAGAAAUGGAGGUUAUCUGUGGUCUUUGGAUGAUCCUGAACACCAAGAAGCUCUGACAUUCAUGCAUGAUCAGUUCCAACCCUUUCGAGAUAUAGUUUCACUUGUGAGCGAACAAGAGUGGGCAAAAGUCAUCAUGGAGGAUCAGCGCUUUGACGGCACAAUUUUCAGAUUCCCUUUGCGCAACGAGACAUCAGAAAUUUCAGAUAAUCUGUAUGACUCCGACAAGGUGGUUGAGCUUUUCGACAGCUUCAUUGCAGAUGCGGAACAGAGCCUCCUGUUCCUCAAAAAUGUGACUUCUGUGUCACUGAUACAUAUUGACGUACAUGGCACUGUGAACACCAGACUUAAGGUGAUAUCCUCAGUGAACACGCAUGUCGUUUUGAAGUCAGAAGACGAGUCAGUCAUUGACAGUUUAACAAGGUUCAAACUGAUCACCAUCCACGCAGACGCCCACAGAGAAACAAAGUGGCUUGUGACAACAUGUACCAUGAAGGAAGGCAUUGUAGACAAUCUAGAUGCACUCGCAGAAAAGUUGAAAUUUUUGCCACAAGUUGACUUGGCCUUCCCUUGUGGAGAGCGAACAGACAGCAGCGAAGGUCGACUGAGCUGCUUUCUCCCCCUCCCAAACAAUGAGUCCAACAAAACAGGACUCCCGGUUAAUGUCAACGCAUGCUUUGGUCUCACAGACAACAGAAGACACAUCAAGUGGGAAGAGGAAGACCAGAGACAUGAUGAACAUGCCAUGUGGAAUGAACUGCUAAUGAAGGAGGUGCUCCCUCAUGCAUACCUCACGAUCAUUCAAGAUGCUAUCAAACUUGCCCAGCAGGCUGUUCUGCCUGUCUGUUCUGUGUACGAUUUGUGGCCAGAUAUCGCCAAGAUAGAGCACAAAGAAAAAUGGGGUGCUGUUGGUCUGAAUGUUCUCAGUCACUUUUUCUCACAGGAUGUGGCUCUCCUCUCUCUAGCAAAAGAUGGACGGCAAUUCAUCACUCUAUCAGAAGCUGUGUUCCCCUGUAAUGCUCCAACAAGCUCUGAAAUACUGGCCGCCAUUAAAAACACGUUGGUUUCCUGUGGAGAAAAUCUUGUCACAUUACCGGGACCUGUUGCAAGAGCCAUACGUGAGGCCUGUCCUGUCAGCAGCCUGACAUACGUGACGCCAGCUUUCUUGAGGGACAUUCUCCGCAACCCUGAUGCGCUUAACAUCCCUAAAGACGACAAACUAUGUCUUUUGGAGUUCAUAUUGAGUGAUGGAGAAUACAGAGAACUUGAGGGUCUUCAGCUGCUACCACUCAAUGAUGGCUCUUUCAGAUCUUUCACAGACCGAGAGGAGGACGCUGCUUUGAUGGACAGCGAGGAAUUUCCCAGGUAA